GUCUUUAGGACAAAGCAAACCAGAAAACUCUCUACUGAAACAUUUCAGUUUGGAUCAAGGCCAUCAGUGAACAAUGAGAGGUGGGUCUUCCAUUUUUGGAAAUUGAGAACAUGUCACCAAGCAAGAGUCAGAAAUCAUCACAGAAUGGUGCUUUCCCGCUCCUGGACGUUAGUUAAACACUUUGAAGGGGCUCCGAAAUUAUCAGACUUCAAGUUAAAAGAGGUGAAAUUACCAGCCAUUAAACAUGGAGAGGUGUUGCUGGAAGCAGAAUAUUUCAGUGUUGACCCUUACAUGAGACCUUACAGCAAGAGGAUGAUGAAAGAAGGUGACAUCAUGAUGGGAACACAGGUUGCCAGGGUUUUAGAGAGUAAAAAUCCUGCAUUCCCAGCAGGCAGUUUUGCUGUGUCAAACGCUGGUUGGACAACUCAUUCUAUUUCCCAAGGUAAAGAUCUAACAGCACUGCUUUCCAACUGGCCUGAACACAUCCCAAAAUCGCUGGCUCUUGGCACAAUAGGAAUGCCUGGUUUAACUGCAUACUUUGGCCUCCGAGAGAUAUGCUGUGCCAAAAAAGGAGAAAUUGUUCUGGUCAAUGGAGCUGCUGGAGCUGUUGGAACAUUGGUUGGACAAAUUGCAAAAAUCACGGGCUGUAAAGUGGUUGGAUCUGCUGGCUCAGAUGAUAAAGUGAAAUAUCUUAAGGACAUUGGUUUUGAUGAAGCCUUUAACUACAAGACUGUGCGCUCACUGGAGGAAGCAUUGAAAAAAGCAUCUCCGGAUGGCUACGAUUGCUUCUUUGAGAAUGUUGGGGGAGAAUUUGCAGAUGUGGCUUUAAGGCAGAUGAGAAAAUAUGGAAGAAUUGCAGUCUGCGGUGCUAUUGCCCUCUAUAAUGAUACAGUCCCGCGAAAAGGAGAGUAUGUCCACAUCCCUUUAAUAUUUCAAGAACUUCGCAUGGAAGGAUUUACAGUACAGCGUUGGCUGAGCAGAUAUAAUGAAGGCUUGGAGAAACUCAUGCAAUGGGUUGUAGAGGGAAAGUUAAAGUAUAAUGAGCACAUCACCAGAGGAUUUGACAACAUGCCCUCUGCUUUUCUUGGGAUGCUUAAAGGAGAAAACAUUGGGAAAGCCAUCAUAACUGCAAAAUAAACAUUUCAU